AUCUCUCGAAGUUUCCUCCGUCGUCAGAAUAACUCAGAACCACCCCUCUUUCUCUCUCUAAGGAGAGAACGAGGGGAAAAAACAGAUAUUUUUCUCUCUCUUCUCUCAAACUCUCUUUUUAUCUCUCCAUUAUUUUCCCACAAUCUCAUUCUUAAAAUCCCUUCUCUAAACUUUCUACUAAUCCUCUAUCAUUUAACCAAUAACAAUUCUUAAAUAUUCUCUAGAAUUUGUCGACUCAACGUUGAAUUAUCUUCAAUUUACAGCCGUUAGAUCUUGUAAAUCAAAGAUGGAAAGAGGAGGAUCCAACGGUAGUAAUGGAUCUUCUUCUACGUCGUCGUAUUACUCUGUUCUUGGAGUUCGUAAAGAUGCUUCUUUCUCUGACAUUCGUUCCGCUUACCGUAAACUUGCUCUUAAAUGGCAUCCGGAUAGAUGGGCCGCGAAUCCUUCCGUUGCUUCUGAUGCUAAACGCCGGUUUCAGCAAAUUCAGGAAGCUUAUUCAGUGUUGUCGGAUCAAGGUAAACGAUCAAUGUACGACGCAGGAUUUUAUGAUCCAACGGAAGAAGAAGAUCAAGGGUUCUGUGAUUUUAUGCAAGAAAUGCUGUCAAUGAUGGACAAUGUUAGAGGGGAGACGGAGAGUCUAGAAGAUCUCCAAAAGAUGUUCGUGGAGAUGGUCGGUGGAGAUGGGAUGUGCUUUGACUUUAAUACUGAUCCAACGGCUGCUAAGAGGUCACGAAGUGGAGCUUCCAAAGGGAAUAAUGUAGCUGUCAAACGAAGCUCCUCUUGUUGCUGAGACGGUGUCGUUUGUACAUUGUUUCUGAUACUUUCUUUUUUUUGGUUGCCCACCCGGUUCACCGGAGCUUUGCUCCGACUACAUCCGAGUCCGACCCGGGUCGCACACCUGGCUUUGGUGGGUGAGUCUCCCAACAAGAGUUUCUGCAUACGGUGAGGCUCGAACUCGAGACCUCCCUUAAGCGACAUCAAGCUGCUUACCACUUGAGCCAACUCUUGUUGGUGUUUCUGAUACUUUCUAACCAACUAGUCUUUCAAUUUCGAUUGUUACUGGCCUUAAUACAAGGGCCCCUUAUUUUUUCCUUUUUUUUUUCUUAGCUUUGUUCAACCUCUUGUGUGUCUUUAAGUCUCUGUAAUCGUUUCACCAAUUUGUCAAAUAAAACACUCCUUUUUUAGUUUA